CCUUGUUCCCAAUCGGCAGACCUCAGACCAACUCUGAGGUGAAAGGUCAGAGGGCCCGGUUCAGGCCUGAAUGCAGCGCUUGGGUCAUCCCUCCUUGACUUGCCCUAAUCCAGAUCCACCUUCAACCAUGACAACCAAGUCCACCAGUCUGGUUCUGGGUGGAAAGGCCUCCUCCUCCCCUCUCCUGUCCUCUCCGCCCUGCCAGCGCCUGGUCACCAAAGAUGGACACUGUGCCCUCCAGCCUCCUCUGUACCCCUCAGGGUCCUGGCGGGGGGCCUUAAGCAGAGCCUGGCUGCUGGCCCUGCAGGACCUGUGGGGUCUGUUGGUGGGUCUGCGGUGGAGGUGGGUCCUGCUGGCCUUCUGUGCAUCCUUCCUGGCUCACUGGCUGCUGUUCGCCUGCCUCUGGUACCUGCUGGCCCACCUGAACGGAGACUUGGCCGUGCAGGACCACGACGCCCCCCCACAGGGACAUGUGGUCUGUGUGAAACACAUCACCAGCUUCACUGCGGCCUUCUCCUUCUCCCUGGAGACGCAACUGACCAUCGGAUACGGCACCAUGUUCCCCAGCGGAGACUGUCCCAGCGCCAUCGCCCUGCUGGCUGUGCAGAUGCUGCUGGGGCUGAUGCUGGAGGCGUUCAUCACAGGAGCUUUCGUAGCUAAGAUCGCUCGUCCCCAGAAGCGAGCAGGAGCAAUCCAGUUCAGUCCCCAGGCGGUGGUCGGCAAACACCAGGGCCAGACGUGCCUCAUGAUACGAGCCACCAACCUGCUGCAGCGCCCCCUGGUGGACGUGAAGGUGAGUGCUGUACUCUACGAGGAGCACGAAGGCCAGGCCCUGCACCAGACCUCUCUGGACUUCUACCUGGAUCAUCUGGGCCAGCAGCCUUGUCCCUUCUUCAUCUUCCCACUCACCUUUUACCACCCUCUGGACCGCCGGAGCCCCCUGUACCCUGCUCUGUGUGAGGGCACGUCCAACCACUUUGAGCUGGUGGUCUUCCUGUCUGCUCUGCAGGAGGGAACUGGUGACGCCUGCCAGAAGAGGACCUCCUACCUGCGCCAAGAAAUCCAGUUUGACCGCCACUUUGUCCCGGGUCUGGGUCUGGAUGCUCGAGGGAGAUACGUAGUGAGCACUCAGCACUUUGAAACGGCCCACUGCAAAGAACCUUUGAGUAAGGACUGUGUGGUUCAGGUCAACGGGGACGGCAGUGACCGCAUGGAGUAAGGAUUCAGAGGAGUCUCACAGGGACGGUGUGUAGGAGAUUACCUCAGAGGGUCACGAGGGAAAGAUGAUCGCGAGGUACUACGUUUAAUUUAGUCAAUAUGAAUGUUCAGAGGUCCCGAUCCCCCACCGACUUCCCCCCAUCAAAUGUCCAAAUGUCCAAAUGUCCAAAUGUCCAGCUGUGAUGAGAUCUUAAAUUAAAGUGAAUUAAAGUGUUGUUGUUCAUGAUGCUAAUGAACAACCCACUCUGAAUCUGUGGACGCCUGCAGAGACGUGCUGCUCAAAGACACCUGAUGUUACUGUGUCACUGAUCCCUGCACUGAGGACACACUGAGGACACACAGAGGACACCAUGCUCUAGAUUAGCAUGUUGCUAGCUGCUACAGCCUGUUAGCCUCCACAUGACGCUCAGGCCUGGCUCGUGAUGGUCGUUUCGCAUCGUCUUUUCAUCCCCGUCAUGUCAGGGCAGCUGUUUCAGUCUUUAUUGAUCCGUCAGUUUCAGGUCGUUUUAUUAGGACAGGCCGGGGAAACCUCAACACUGUGGCAUUAAGAUCCAACCGCUAACUAGCAUUCUGUCUGCAGCGCUGAAUGAAACAUAAACAUAAUCGCACAAGUAGGACCUCCAGUGUUGGAUAGAGCCGCUACCAUGCAGAUUGUUUAAACCAUGGUCAUCAUGAACAUCGAGACACGCACACAUUUAGUAAACAAACAAACAAACAAACAAAGUCGAACUGAUGAGGUAAACAAAACAUUACAACCCUGCAGAGUUUCAGACAGGAAGUGAGAUCUGAACGACGUGACCCUGAAACCUGACAUCCACAAUGUGUUUUCAUCACUCAGUGCUCCAUGUUCCAGUGUGUG